CACACGCAGACACAAGCACGCACGAUGUACAGCGUGGAGGACCUGCUGAUCUCUCAUGGAUACAAACUGCCCAGGAGUGGCCCCGCAUCCUCCUCAUCUGCGCCUUACGACAAUCGCAACAACGAGUGUCGGCGUGACAACGUGGAGAACCGUCCUGCUGGUGGUGGAGGGGGUGGGGCCCUGAACGGUUUUGGGACAGCAGAGGGCGGAGCAGACGGGCGGACAGAAACAGGGACGGGGGCAUACAGGCCAGCUCAGACUGUAAAAGCAUACCCCGAAAACAACAAUAACAUUAAUAGGGGACAUGAACGAAUCCAGAGGAGGCUGGAAGUUCCUGUUGGUUUCCUUGGUGACCUGCAGCCUCUGGGAGACUCACUGGCUACUGACAGUGGGUUUUAUGAUGCCCCCAGCCUGACAUUUUCUGAACAUACAGAAGAACGAGAUAUCUCCUACUGGAGAAGGAGAGGGCAGGACUUCAGUGCCCUGUUGGAUUACGGUGAUCCUAGGGAGCUGCGUGUGUCUGGAGGGCUAUGGAGAGGCCCAGUGCUGGCUGCAGAGGAACUGAGGGCUGAAAGGCCAUUGGCACGAUGGGAGGAAGGGUCAUGGAUGCGAGAGCCCAUAGACUCAGGCCCAGAGACUCUGCGGGUAACUGGGGAGAGGAAAUGCCAGAGCCUAGGCACAGAGGAGUGGCGCCCUGCGGUGGGUCUGGGUCGGCAGUUGUCUGAUGGGGAGGCUGAACGCUGGUCUCAGGAACAGCAGCACCGUCUGCGGCCUGCAGAAAGUAAUGUACCUGCUACGGUCAGGAUGAAGUCUCAGUCACUGCCCCGUGUUCUCUCUCCAGAAGAUCCACAAUACAGAGAACUUCCCCAAGCAGGUGCCACAAGCCAGGCCCCUACUCAGAGAAACAACAGCUCUGUGCCAUAUGGUCGUUAUCAUAGUGAAUGGCCAAUGGGGGAGCGGUGGAGUGGUCAGUCUCAUGGUCAAGGUCCUGUUGCACUUGUGCCAAAGCCACGAUUCAGUCGCCCUGUAAAGCCCCCAUCUUAUGAGACUCACCAGCAGAACAGGGGGAGCUGGGAAACACUCUCCUCUGAACCAGUUUCCAAACCUAGAGAUCGGUCGGUUUGUUAUUCUCAGAGCUUUGAACCAUUAAGAGACAGGUCUGGAUGUUAUUCUCAGAGUGCAGAACCCUUAAGAGAUCGGUCCAUUUGUUUUUCACAGAGUGCAGAGCCUCUAAGAGACCGCAUGGUGAGCCACUCUCAAAGUGCUGAACCACUACGAGAUCGAUUUAUCAGUCACUCGCAAAGUGCAGACUUGUUAAGAGACCGCUUUAUAACCCACUCUCACAGUGCCGAUCUGUUAAGGGACAGAUCACUUUGUUAUUCUCAGAGCUCAGAACUACUCAGAGACAGGUCCAUCUGUUACUCACAAAGUGCAGAGCUACUGAGACCAGAGGCAUAUAGGGCAGAUUUGCUUUAUCAGGAAUUGACUGGUAUGGAGCCCCCUGGAUACAUCCCACCCCCCUCUUACAGAAGAUUUCCGCCUCCCAGGGGUGGACAGAUUUUCCGUGCUGACUCUGCCCUUGUCCGAUGGAAACGAGAACCAGUAAGUGCCGAGAUGGGGGAGUGGUUUUCUAGAACAGCCGGAUUGUCAUGGUCAGAACGCCGGGAAGACAGGAGCAUGGCAGUAGUCCCCAGAAGGCCAGUGCAUCCAGGACCUGUUGUACCAAAUCGGCCAGGGCACGUGCAGUAUGUCCCGUUUGAUGACCCACGCAUCAGGCACAUCUCAGGGGGGCCAAGUGGAAACUCACUCACAGACGCAGACAAGAUCCGUCACGUCAACAAAGAGCUUCCCUGCGCUGCAGCUUUAGGACAAUCCACACAUGAUAGUGCCUUCCUCCCUACCCAGGGGCCGAGCACGGACACUCACAAACCAGCUCUCAGUGAACAUGAGAAUGCUAGUCGAUGGCACAGGGGGUUGAACAAAGGCAGCGAAAGUGUAGCACCAGACCAGAGCUUUUCCAAGUUCCCCACAACCUUUCAGACCAGGCCCUCACAACCAGUCAUCAAAGUUGACAGAAGUGCAGACCAGCCGGUUAGGGUAGACAGAAUUCCAGACCAGGGUCAAGUCAAGGUAGAGAGGGUAACAGAACAGGUUAAAGUGGACAGAGCUGCAGAACAGGGCAAAGUAGACAAAAUCACAGACCAAGUGAAGCCAGACAGAGUUGCAGACCAAGUCAAAGUUGAAAGACUUACAGAAGUUAAGCCAGACAGAUUUACAGACAAGCAGAUUAAAACAGACAGAAUGCCAGAACAAACUAAAAUAGAUAGGAUUCCAGACCAGGUUAAAACAGAAAGAUACUCUGAAAAACAAACUAAAAUGGAUGUGAAAGCUGAAAGAAUUCCAGACAAGCCACUCAAAGCUGACAGGAUUUUAGAUAAGCCAAGUAAAGUAGAUAGAGUGCCAGACAAGCAAGUGAAAGUAGACAGAAUUCCAGAAAAAUUAAAAGCAGACAAAAUGGCAGAAAAACAGAGUAAAUCAGAUAAAUUAACUGAAAAGCUGAUUAAGUCAGAGAAACAGACAAAAGCAGAUCUAAGUAUGGAGCAGAUAAAAACUGAAAAAGUCUCUGAGAAACAGACAAAGGCAGACAAAUCCAUGGACAAAGGUUCCUCAGAGAGUGUUUCCACAGCAAAAACAGAACCGACCCAGGAGCCUGAGAAAAAGAGUGUGAAAAAGAAAUUAAGUGAGACUAUUUUCUGCUUGGUGUCUGUCCCCCUUUCACAGUCUAGUGGCAAGUCCAGAGAUCAAAACAACAAUGAAGAGAAAGAACCGGAUUCCCCUCCAAUUCCUCCACCUCCUCCACCAAGCUCCUCCAGUGAGAACAGCAACACCCUUGGCUCCCUGCCAAACCAAAGCCUCAAAAGCACAUCCACCACCUCCACUGACUUGGAACUACAAGCACUCACACUUGGCAGUGCGUCCAGUAGCAUAGUCACAAGAAGAGCUCAUCGCAGGAGGAACUCUCGUACUAGGAUCAUUAAACCAAAUCCCCAUGAUGAGCUUAGACGGUAUUCUGGUGCUUGGCCAGGGGACCAGUAUCGUGACCAGGAAACCCAGACUAGCCCUGAACUUGCAAAGAGUGCUCAACAUCCGGGUCCUGAUAAAAUGGAAGCACAAACCUUGCCUGCAGUCCCAGAAGCAGAGGUCCCUGCAGAAAGUGGAUCAGGAGCUCCAGGUGCUGCAGGGGCUACAGGAUCUACAGGGGGCACAGGAGCCCCAGGAGCUCCAGGAGCUCCAGCAGUUCCAGGAGGCCUACAGGGCCUACAGGGCGGUAAAGGGACCACAGGGGCAUCUGGCGCGGCUGGGGCAACAGACCCGAGUACUCCCUAUGGGUAUCCCAUGAAAGGUCAGAAAAGCCUAAAACCAUCCAGCAACAGCGCCUUUUCAAGGACAGGUACCUUCAAGAGCACAGGUUCACACAGACCUCCACUACACCCUCCUCCACACCCUCCACCCCCACCUCCAAACCAACCACCAUCUCAGCCUCCACCACCACCCCCAACACAGCCCCCAGCCAAGUCACCACCUUUGGACCAGGCUGAAAAUGCAAAGUCAUCUGCUGGCCCUAACCCAGAGGCUUUCGGUCAAUUCCUGCUGAAGCCAGUGACCCGACGGUCCUGGGACGCCAUUGAGGAGCUGGAGUCUAUUAAUAAAGAAUUGCAAGAACAAGCAAGUAAACGUCCUACUGUGGACCAGUGCAUUGAAGAUCUUAAUGAGGCCUACAAAGACAUCCUGGAGCUCAGCACUGCCAGCAAUAACCUUACCAACCGCUCCUCCAUGCAAAUCCCUGACCGCAUCAAAGCCAGACUGUCCAGUGAACCCCUGGGAAUUUCUGCUACUACACUUCGGCCCAGCCUGGUCCCAGGGAGUGACCCAGAAUACAGGGAGGUUAAGAGUGCCUUUUCCCGACCAUCAACUGGGAAGAGUGUUAGCUUCAGUAAACAGCUAAGGGAGGAGAUUUGUCCUGCACCUCCUCCACCAGACACAGGUUUCAGAGAUUACAAAACAGUAAUGUCCCAGAUAACUCACCGCAAAGCCUGUAGAUCAGUGAAGUUGGACCUCCUGACUUCUAAGGAAACUCCAGUCAAAGAUGACAGUUUGGCUGCACUAACUUCCUCCACUUCGUCCAUGGGAGCUGAGGUCCCAUGGGCGGACAGGCAGCCCAUGCAAGAUGCCUCUACUCUAACCAGCCCCCCAGACUAUGAGCACAUAUGUCAAACGCUCCAAAUGGCCCGUGAUUCUGGGGCCAUCAGCCGAGGGGCUUCUGUAAAAUCCAAACCAGGUAGUGCUAUGAGCAUUGACACCCCACAGCAUGUGGCCAUGCCUGGUGUGUCUACAGUAGAUUCAGAGCAGCCAUGCUGUUCCUUAGCAUUAGAUAAUGAAAAACAGGUAAGACAGGAGCCAAUCUCUCUAUUCAGGGAAGAGAGAAGCUCAGGCUUUAGGCGGGUAACAAGCCAGAGUACCAAAUUCCUUGGAAACAGGGGAAUGCUGAGUAGUAUGGCAACUGGCAAGUCAGUAGGAGACAAAACAGGUUUAGAGGCAAACCCUGAAGUACCAGCUGACUGGCAGAUGCAGCUGUCAUUAGCUGAGAAGCAUAUUGCUACCCUUAUCACAGGGGAAGAGUCCAAACAUGGGACAGCCGAUGACAUAGAUGAAAUGAGCAAGGUUGAUAGAGCAGAGGGCAUUCCUGCCAGUGAGUUAGUAGAAGAUCAAGCAAACAAGACAGUGCAAGUAGACAGCCUUGUCACUUGUGAAGAAAGGGAUACACAAAUAGAGACGCAAGAGAGUGAACCAACACAAGGGGCUGAAAGUCAGCUGCCUAUAGAAAUAAUGAAUGAUGGUGAUAAUACAAAGGAAAAUAUACAGAUAGAUUCAGAAAAGACUGAUCAGGAAGACCCAAUGAUUAAAGGCACAAAGGUGCAAGAGCAAACCGAGGAGGGUGACCCAGGAGAGCCCAAGAAAGAAUCUAGUGUUACUUUAAGAUCUAACAAGGCUGCAAUGUGGACUCAUUCAGGUCUGGAUCCAGGGCUACUGCCAGAAUUUCCUCCUGAUCACCUACCCCUGUCUGUGUUAUCUUAUCCAAAUCGUAGGUUAUCUUUAGGGUCGGAUUGGGAGAGAGGUGGCUGGGAAGGAGAAAGGUGGAACAGUGGGGGUGGCUGGGCAAGAGAGAGGCGGUCCCUUGAUGCUGAAAGGCAGGACUUAGAUGGGGACAGGUGGGCUUUAGAUGGCGAUAGGCAACAAACCAGUGGUGAAAAGAGGGGUCUGGGUGGUUGGCGUGGGUGUGGAAUUGACAGGCAGGGUGCUGAUGACUUAGACUGGGAUUUAGACAUUGGUAAGCGACAUACGGACACAGGGGAUAAGGAGCAGAGUGUGGAUGCAACAAAAUGGAACGUAAAGCAAACACAGGAUCAAAGUGAAGAUCAAAGUAGUGCUCCUUCUAACAAAAACUUAGAUGGGGACAAACAUAACACUCCAGAUAAGGGAGAAGUUCGAGGUGCUGAAGUAGAUCCAGGAGUCAAAGAGGUGCAGGCCUCAAGUUUAGGAAGACGGGGCCGUGGACUUUCUCAGCGAAUUGAAGCCCUGCAUGAUCGUUUUAUGGCCCCACCUGGACAUGGGUCAGAGGAGAGACUUGCCCGAAUGAGGGAGGUGGACACUGUCUCUCGCAUGAGACGCCUUAGCCUCCGUAGCACAGACUCAUGGGAUGGACUAUACGGGGUGAGCUUUGUGACUAGAGCUGAAGAGGUGGGGAGGGAUGAUGAACAGUCCCUUCCUUCCUCCCAGGAGCUUCCAAACGCAGCAGAGAAGGUGGAGAGUGAAAGCAGUGUGCCCUGUACAGACAGCAGUGAGCCUGGUGAAACACAAGAUAACCAGCCAAUCACAACAGAGUCACAGGAGCCCACCGAGGUGGAGAAGUCAUAGCUGAUUGCCAGAAGUCAAAGGUCACUGGGUCAGGAGUCAUCCAUUGCCACUAAGGGCCAGCUUCCAACACUGUGACCUGGCUGUCUGUUAAAUGCCUUCAUUUUCAUAUGCCGCUCACACAAAAAUACAAAGACACACAUACGCACAUACACUGACAGACGCAGUUCAUGCACUAAAUAAUUGCAUAAUGCAUAUGCAGACACGUUAACAUGUAAACAAACUCACGCAAACAUGAAUUCAUCGUCAUGUAUGCACAUUCUUACAUGCGUUCAAAUACAAACACACACACAUAUAAAAUGGCCUUCUCCGACAAGAGCAUUGUGUAUCAACUCCACCCCACCUCCGCUCUGAUCCAGCUCUGCUGGAUUUCUUAAUGUUGCUGCUCCACUGCCAGAAGGAGGCAAGUCUCAACCAUUCCUACCUUCCACAUCCUCCCUCACACAGUGCGUUUUAUUUCUAUCCCUUAACGUCUGAUGGGGUCUGUAAAACUCAAGCAUUCCCUGUGGCCCAGUUUUCUCUACACGAAAUGUAAUAUAUCGCAAGUUUAUUACAAUAUAAUCUAUAUUAUAAUAUAGCCCUGCUAUAUAUUCCAUUUUCCUAUGGGCCAGACCCUUUAAAGGGAUAGUUUAGCCAAAUAAUGUUAAAUGGGAAUUCCACCAAAUUUUCAUAAUUUCUGCAUAAUUUCAA